GGGCAAGGUCCCGGCGGUCGCUUUCUUAUCUGCGGAGCCCUGGGGCUGCGCCCGUUCCUGGGCCUCCCGCCGCCCCUCUUCAACUGUAAAGACCACUUUAGUGCCGCCGACAUCCACGGAGCGCCUUCGAGUGAAGGGCCUGGGCAGGCCGCUGAGUACUCGUGUGUAGAUUGGUGGUAGGGCUGUUUGUGCCGCCUCCAGGCUCCAGAAUCCUAUUCUAAGAACUUGGACACUCAGGCAUCCACCAUGGUAUUGGGUCCUGAACAGAAGAUGCCGGAUGAUGAUGCUUCUGGAGACCAUGGGGACUCUGCCAGCCUUGGUACCCUCAACCCUGCCUAUAGUAGCUCGUCUCUUUCCCAAUCCACUGGGCACUCCCAGGAGCCCUUCACCACCUAUUUUGAUGAGAAAAUCGCCAUUCCUGAAGAGGAGUAUUCUUGUUUUAGCUUUCGUAAACUCUGGGCUUUCACGGGACCGGGCUUUCUUAUGAGUAUUGCCUACUUGGAUCCAGGAAACAUUGAGUCUGAUUUGCAGUCUGGAGCAGUGGCCGGAUUUAAGUUGCUCUGGGUACUUCUGUUGGCCACCAUUGUGGGGCUCCUGCUCCAGCGCCUCGCAGCUAGACUGGGAGUGGUCACGGGGCUACAUCUUGCUGAAGUGUGUCACCGUCAGUAUCCCAGGGUCCCACGAAUUAUCCUAUGGCUGAUGGUGGAGUUGGCUAUCAUUGGCUCAGAUAUGCAAGAAGUUAUUGGCUCAGCCAUUGCCAUCAAUCUCCUGUCUGUAGGAAGGGUUCCACUGUGGGGUGGAGUUCUCAUCACCAUUGCAGAUACCUUUGUAUUUCUCUUUUUGGACAAAUACGGCUUGCGGAAGCUAGAAGCAUUUUUUGGCUUUCUCAUCACUAUUAUGGCUCUCACAUUUGGAUAUGAGUAUGUUACAGUGAAACCCAGCCAGAGCCAGGUACUCAAGGGCAUGUUCCUGCCAUCCUGUCCAGGCUGUCACACCCCACAGAUCGAGCAGGCUGUGGGCAUCGUGGGAGCUGUCAUCAUGCCACACAAUAUGUACCUGCAUUCUGCCUUAGUCAAGUCCAGACAGGUAAACCGAGCCAAUAAGCAGGAGGUACGAGAAGCUAAUAAGUACUUUUUCAUUGAAUCCUGCAUCGCCCUCUUUGUUUCCUUCAUCAUCAACGUCUUUGUCGUCUCCGUCUUUGCCGAAGCAUUUUUUGAAAAAACCAACGACCAGGUGGUUGCAGUCUGUAGAAACACCAGCAGUCCCCACACCAGCCUCUUCCCUGACGAUAACUCGACCCUGGCUGUGGACAUCUAUAAAGGGGGUGUCGUGCUGGGGUGCUACUUUGGGCCUGCUGCACUCUACAUCUGGGCAGUGGGGAUCCUUGCUGCAGGCCAGAGCUCCACCAUGACUGGAACCUAUUCUGGCCAGUUCGUCAUGGAGGGAUUCCUGAACCUAAAAUGGUCACGCUUUGCCCGAGUGAUUCUGACCCGCUCUAUUGCCAUCAUCCCCACUCUGCUUGUUGCCGUCUUCCAGGAUGUAGAGCAUCUAACAGGGAUGAAUGACUUCCUGAAUGUUCUGCAGAGCUUACAGCUUCCCUUUGCUCUGAUACCCAUCCUCACAUUUACGAGCUUGCGGCCAGUAAUGAAUGACUUUGCCAAUGGAAUAGGCUGGAGGAUUGCAGGCGGGAUCUUGGUCCUUAUCGUCUGUUCCAUCAACAUGUACUUUGUCAUGGUUUAUGUCCGGGAACUAGGGCAUGUGGCAUUGUAUGUGGUAGCUGCUCUGGCCAGUGUGGCUUAUCUGAGCUUUGUCUUAUACUUGGGUUGGCAGUGUUUGAUUGCACUGGGCAUGUCCUUCCUGGACUGUGCGCAUACGUACCAUCUGGGAUUGACAGCUCAGCCUGAACUCUACCUUCUGAACACCGUGGAUGCUGACUCACUUGUGUCUAGAUGACUGACAGCCUGAGAGACUGUUUCAGAACCACUUUGUCUUAGCCCUUUUGUGCCAGGUGUCCUGUUAACAUAUCUCUGUUAGUUCAGAGGUGAGUUUUGUUCAGAUGUUUUGAACAAAAGUCAAAGAUUUCCUCAUGGGAAGGGUGUUAAAAGCUGACAGCUCUAAGUGUAGGACAGAGACCCACCCACCUCACAAUAGUCCUACGAUCUCCAGAGUUAAAUGAUUGGCCCAUGGCGGCCACACACCCCUAUGGGCUUGUGUCUUGACUUCUGGAAUUUUAAAAAUAUAUAUGUGUAUGUAUUUAUGUAAACCUGAACACGUCAGUUUGGGUAGAGUUUUAAGGUUAUAUGAAAUUGAUAGGUCUUAUUUUUUUAAAAGCUACAGGUAAAUUGGAUAUUUUUUUGCUCUGGGUCAUAAGUGAGAAAGGAAAGAGAGGAAUGCUCUUUUUCAGAAUGAUCUAGUCAAAUUGACUUAACCUUUUAAAGUGACACUUGACUAUGGCUAGUUAAAUUCGAUUUCAGUUUUAACCAGGUCCUUAGCAACUACUUGCGACCAGCCCGUCAUUUCUAAGGAAAACGAUUCUUUUCAGCAGAUUUAUCCUGGUUAUUGUGUGCUUUAUAAUUAUUAUUCUCUGUUGCUUUUCUUAAAAUCUUUUCAGAUGUGUGGUGGUAUUUCCCAAAGAGCUUAAUACCUUAUCAUAAGAUUCAGAAACCAUACUCUCACCAACGAUUGGUUUUCCAUGAAACAUUAUAACUCAGCCUAUUCUAGCAUUUAAGCUUUAGGUGUAAAAAAAGAAACUUUCUUCUUCUUUUUUUUUUUUUAAAGAAGAAACUUCUAACAUUUAACUUUGUAAGUCCCAACAGAAGAUGAUUGAGGUUGUUUUCUUUCUAAUGUUUGUAGAGCCCUACCAUGUCUUUUCUUCCCAUUUCUCCCAUUAAACUUCCACAAACACCAUUUCUAGGUCCAAGGUCUAUUUCCAGGUUUUCAGGAAUGGUCAAUAUGUCUAAUGUUGAAUUUCCUUGAAUGCUAAGCAUUUUAUUUUAAGAUGUUUAUACCCACUAAUAUGAGAGCAGAACUAGACCAGGACUUGGAUGGCUAGUUCUCGUGUCAUAAACUGCCUGCCUUUUUUUGUUUUUUUGACUCCUGUUCUUAACCAGGACUUUUUUCCUUAAGAUUUUUUAAAUAAAAAAGUUAAUAUUUAAAAAUUG